AUGGGAAGAAGAUGCAGCAACUUAGGUUGAAUCAGGUAGUUAAUGAAGAGGUUGGUUCUUGUGCUAAACAAGAAGUUAUGGAAAAGGAUCAACAAGGGGAGGAAAUUAUUGAGUUUUCUCCGAAAGAAAGAAGAGUGUCAGUGGCUUGAGGGGAGUAAGGUUGCUAUGGUUAUAGAUGGUGAUGAUGAUUAUGAAAUGGAUUGCCAGAGGGGUGCUGUAAUGGGGGAGGAUAUUGGGCCUAAUAAUUUAGGUGUAGUCAGGCCUAAUAAGUCUGAUGAGCUUGGGGUUAAUGGUGGGUUGGAAAUCAAUGGGCUGCAUGAUUGGGUUAGCGGUAAUAAGGGGAAUGAGGCCAACGGUAUUAAUGUAGAGGAGAAUUAUUUUGAUCGAGAAAUGGGUAUCAAGGGAGUGCAGAGCAAGAGGUGGAGGAAUUUAGAAGGGUGCUACCCACAGAGCUUGGUGAAAAUGUCGGCAGAGAAGACACAAUGGGUAACAGGGCAAACAAAGCAGCGCCAAAGACAUACAAAGAAGGCCCAGCAAACUAUAGAGGAAAAAUCAAAGUGGGUCGGUAGUCUCUCACUUUCAGAUGGGUGUAUUGAGCAUCGCAAUAAGAUAACUAAAAGGGAUUUGAGUUUAUUUGAGGUUAGGAGGAUGAUUAGUAUGGGGACGAGGUUAGGGAUUAACUUCCAAGAUAACAAGAAGGUUGAAUCGAGGUUGUUGGAGGUCGAGGGACAGAUUGAGGUGCAUGGGAGGUGAUUUGAAAGGGGUUUACAAGUAGGGGGAAAGUGAUUUGGGUUGCGAGUUUAUUUUUUGAUGAAAUUUUUGUCCUUUAAUGUGAGAGGUUUAGAGGGGUUAUUGAAGAAUGAGGUGGGUAGAUUGGUAAGGGAACACAAAUUGGAUUUUAUAUUUUUGUAGGAGACUAAGUUAGAAGGGAUGGAUAGUGGUUUAUGUCGAUUGUUGUGGAGUUUGAAUGAGUUUGAUUGGGUGAUGAAGGAUUCGAGAAAGGCAUCUGGAGGAUUGCUGUGUGUUUGGAAUAAGUUGUAGUUUGUAAAAGCGGGACAAUUUUAGGGUGAUGGAUUUUUGGGUGUAACAGGAGAACGGGGAUUGAAGAAAAUGAAGUGCCACUU